UCGUGCUUCACUCACAUCUCCACGUCUCGCUCGCGCUCCGCAUGCGCUUGAAGAGCGCGCGCCUCCGCGGUCCCGGUAACCCCGCCAACUCUUUCUCUCACGCGCACUCUCCUGGUCGUCCGUCUCCGGUGCCGGCCGUCCCGCGCAUGAGCCCCGCGCGCGCCAUGAAGACGAGCCGCCGGUUUCGCGCGCUGCUCUCCGUGGGCUUGAACUUGCUCGCGCUGUUGCUCUCGAGCACGGCGUUCGCCACGGCGUACUGGUGUCAGGGCACCCAGCGCGUGCCCAAGCCGAGCUGCAGCAAGGAGCGGCGCCACCACUGCAUCGACUACGGAGCCAACGACACCGACCCGAGCAAAGUGCACUACAGCUGGGAGACCGGGGACGACCGCUUCCUGUUCCGGCAUUUCCACGCGGGCAUCUGGUACUCCUGCGAGGAGAACAUCCACGGCGGAGGUGAGAAAUGCAGGAGCUUCAUCGAUCUGGCUCCAGCGUCGGAGAGAGGUGUCCUUUGGCUGUCAGUGGUCUCGGAGGUGCUAUACAUCAUGCUGCUGGUGGUUGGCUUCAGUCUAAUGUGCUUGGAGCUCUUUCACUCCAGCAACGUGAUCGAUGGCUUGAAGCUGAACGCCUUCGCCGCCGUCUUCACUGUGCUGUCAGGACUUUUGGGAAUGGUGGCUCACAUGAUGUACACUCAGGUGUUCCAGAUCACAGUUAGUCUGGGACCCGAAGACUGGAGACCGCACACCUGGGACUACGGCUGGUCCUUCUGCAUGGCGUGGGGAUCUUUCACCUGUUGCAUGGCUGCCUCCGUCACCACGCUCAACUCCUACACCAAGACGGCCAUCGAGUUCCGGCACAAGCGCAAGCUCUUCGAGCAGGGUCUUCGAGAGGAACAGGCCUUUCUCGACCAAGAGGCUUUCCACUACUUCCAGGAUCGCUCGGUGCAGUCCAUCUCCAGCUCGGUGGACCUGUACCCGGGCCAUAGCAGCAACGUCGCCCAUGCUAGCACCUACACCAGCGGCCGGGGGAAAAUGCGUGCCCCUCCGGCGCCCGUGGACAUGGCGGAUAACACGGAUUCUCUGGGAGAGGAGCAAUGCUGAGGACGGCUACUUGCAAAGACAUUUUCUUUUUAUGCUCUGAAUAUAUCGCAAUUGAGAACUGAGUCUCCGUUGGGAGACAGUUCGGACUUGUGCCGGACCUAUUUUCUGGGAUGAGUAGUAAAACGAGUUUAUAUUAUUUUUGAUUAUCUGAACAAAGGUGAAAUAUUUUCUGCGUACAGUAUGUCAAAAGGAACGAAAAGAAAAAAUUAUGCCAAACUCGUAUUUAAUUGAUUGUGGAUUGUGAAUUGAGAACAGGGACAGUUUGUGACGUAGCCAUGAAAGCUUCGCUAACACUGCCACACAAAUUACAAUGCGUUGGGGAUCAGCAGGGUGUCUACAGGUCCUUAAUUAAGUAGUAUGAACGUUGAUUUUGCAGCCUGAAGUGCUGAAUUGUCAAAAGAAGCUAUCGCAAAGUUUAUUUAUAAGCGUGUCACUUACGAUAACUUUCAAUGAUCUUCCAAGGACACUAUUGUCCCGUUGUCUCUCAUUGUCAAAAUUACCUACAGACACCCUGUUAGACAGAAGACUGGUUUUAUACGCACUGCCAGACGUGCAAGCGUUGCAUUAUAUAUCUAUCUAUUAACAUAUAUCGAAUGUUCUCCAUCGCUGAAUAUGCCUUUGCGUUGAAAACAGCAGAUUAGCUGAGUGUUUAUAGUCGAUCCCUACAGAAGCACAGCGUCGUGGUGUUUAUUAGCCACAACAACCGAAGGCAUCUCGAGUUGUUAAUUAGAUUAGCCUGUCUCUGAUUUCAUGACUUUCAUAUGCAUUAACGAAUUGUUAAAUAACGGCAAUCAA